GAAGUUUGAGAAAUUAAUUCCACUGACAAAGAACAACGUGGUGUCAAUGACAACGGCAGCUAUUGCAUCUCAACCAGUUCAGAUCACCACAACUCUCACCAAUCAACUGGCCGCCCCGAAAAUCCCCGAAGAGACUGACGUCAAGGACAGCAAGGACAUUCAUCCGGCGGCAAUUCUGGAGAAAUCGCAGAAAACUCUAGAAACCAUUCAAAAGACAGUGAAUGAGGCCACUGAGGAGAUUCACAAGACAAUCACAGAGAACCUGACGGACCUCAAAACCCUCGAGCAGGACAUCCAGAAGGCGGACUGCAAGGAAGAACCGCCAGUCAAGGAGAAGCCACCAAUGGCGAAGAAGGAGAGCGCCAGGAAACUGCAAGAAGUGUGUCAGAAGAUUGCAUCGGAGGCAACAAUUGUCGAAAGGAUGGCGCAAGAGGGCAGAAAGACGCCCAAAGAGAGCCUCUCGAAGCAACCGAGCUCGCAAACUCUCGCCAAAAUCACCAUUCCGGAGUCCAUCGAAGAAGUUGAAAGCAACAACAAUGAUCCGCCUAAGGAAAUGCCACCAGUGAAUGCUGAUGUGUCCGUCGUGGAGACGAACAACAACAACCCCGUCACGGAGACUGUGAAUAACAAUUUGGGGGAUGAAGCUAGUGAGGAGAAGGUCAGCGAAAGGGCCAUUUCCGCCCUACCCGAGGUGGAACUGGAGAGUGGAAAUUUCCAGAAAUCGCCAGCUGUUCUUCCAGAAAUGGCCCAAGUGAGCCCAGAAACCGCCAAGAGCACGAAUGGAAAUGGCAGCUCAUCUGGUGAAGCCGACGAGGCUUCGCUGAAGGAGGGCCCGACGCCAGGUCGCUGCAAAUGCUCCACGUGCUGCCUGCCGUGCCGAAGGUGCCUGUGUUGCCGGAAGAAGGACAACGAGCCGCCGCUGCAGCCGCUCAGGGACUCCGUGGAGACCGUGAACGAGAAGUCCUCGCGCUGGAACUGUUGCAAGAGGAAGAAGAAGGACAAGGAAGCCAAGGAAGAAGUGAAGGAAGAAAAGGUCAAGAAGAAGAGGGAUAAGAAAGUUGAGGAAGCCGUCAAGAGUGACGAAGACGCGCCAAAGUCCCAGAACUGCUGCCGAGCGUGCCUCAAUCGUCUCCUCUGCUGUCGCUCCACCAACAAGAUCGAGAGCCAGCGAAUGCCUGAGCCAGAGGCGAAGAAGUCCAAAUGCUGCUCGUGCUUGCCUUGUCGGCGCGAGCGAAAGAAAUCCGACGCCUCCACGGCGUCCACAUGGGCUGAACGUCAACCCAGUGACACGCCACUGGAGCCCAAAGCGCCCGGAUGCUGCUCUCGCUUCUGGCGCUGUCUCUGCUGCGGCUGCUGUCGCCGGAAGGAGGAUGCCGAGAGUCGCCGGACGAGCCUGAACAGUAAGAAGCCCAGCAUUGCUCCGCCUCCGGCUGAGAAGCCGAAGCUGGAUCUGUCGCUGGUGGAGCACACUUCCCUGAUGAAGGCCGCCAUUCCGGUGAUGCACAUCUGUCUGGCGUGGUUCUGCCUCAUCUGCAACUGCCUCGUGCCGGGAUUGGGCACGGUUUUCUCCGGCUUCUUCUGUCUUUGCCUCGGAACACCACGAUUCUCGCAGCAUGACGGCUUCAGGGCCAGAAUUGGCACAUUUCUGAUCAACAUCAUCGUGGGCGCGGCUCAAGCCUUCACGGUUCUCUUCUGCCUCGUGGGCUGGGGAUGGUCAAUCUGGUGGGGAACCAUCAUGGUUCGCCUGGCGAGGAAGCGCAAGAAACUGCGAAAGGCGCAGAGAGACGAAGAAGCCGCCGAGGCGGCCACAAUCAGCAGUCGCUCCCAAGCUCCAGUUCUUCCCCCAGCCGGCGCCUCUCCGGCCGCCGGCGCCACGGAUUCCACCCCAGCUGCCGAUCCCUAGACGCGAUCCUGCAAGAGCAUCGAUUUAGGAUAUUUUUGAUAUAUGAACUAAAAACCACGGGAAACAAGAAAGAAAUCAUCUUUUUAAGAGCUAAAGAACCUUUUCGCCUUUUUUCGAUAAGAGAAAAAAUUAGUGUAAAAAAUCCUCUUUGUAACUUUUUACCAAGUAGAAGAAAGAAACACUUUUAUCACGUUACCAGAAAACUUUUACCCAACAAUGAAAAAAAAACCACACCACAAGAAGAGCAGAGAGACGAGAAAGUGAACGGAGUAUAGUUGUAAAGAAACAUUGUUAUAAAAUUGGAAUAAUGGUGCAGUGUUGUUGCUAAGAAAAUGGAAAGACAAAAUAAAAUGUUCUCCAAAAGUAGUUUUUUCUUCUUCAUUUUAUUUUAUUUAUUUUUACUGUUGUGAAAAUCCUUUAUUGUGCUCCUCAGAAGAACUUUAUAAUUUAAUUCAUUCGAUUGACAUCCCUUUUGAAAAGAAUUAUUGGAAAAAAAAAUGAAAAAAAAACGAUGAAAAUGAGGAGAAAAUGAUUUCCGGACGGAACUGGAUGAGUUUUCAAGGAGAAAAAUCUAUGAGUAAAAAUGAAAAUAAUAGUGAAAAAUAAAUAAAACAUAAAUAAAAUAUUUAUUCUAUUGCGUUACACUUUUUUUUCUUUUUUAACCUCCUUGUGUGAAAUAUGAGGAGAAAAAGUAUUCUUUUAAGAGUUUUUUUUUUCAUCAUAAAACCUUACACAAUGAGACAAUAAAUAGAAAUUGCGGGAGAAAAACUAUCAUCUAAAUUUCUCUUCAUUAUUACCAUUAAAAUCUAGAGAUUGUUCCAUGUUUUUAUUCCGCUAUUUUAAUCAUUGUUAUUUUAGAUAUCUUUCAUUUCUCUUAUGUCGUCUUCCCUUCACAUUUUUUUUCUUCUCUUGUUAUCUUCUAAUAUAGAAAAGAAG